GGAAAGAUGGCCCACCCCCGGAUCUCUAUGUAUCAGCCCCCCAACAUCAACCCCACCCAGGCCGCCAUCGCCUUUGGCUGCCGGGCCCUGCCUAAGCUGAACGAGGAGCUGCAGUCGGAGGACCUGCUGACGAGGCAGAAAGCCCUCAUGGCUCUGUGUGACCUCAUGCACGACCCCGAGCAUGUCUAUGUGGCCAUCGACACAGGCUGCCUGGAAAGCCUGAAAGCUCUGCUGAAGGAUACCAGCCCCAUGGUGCGGAUCAAGGCCACUGAGGUGCUGUCUAUCAUGGCGACUCAUAAUGUGGGCAGAGAAGGCUUUUUGGAGCAUGACAUCAUCACCGCCCUGUCCUUCUUGCUAAACGACACCGAGGACGCCUGCCGGGAGAACUUGCACUUGGCGUUCAAGCGCCUGGCCCAGCUGCCUUCAGGGGUCCAGGGCAUUGUCAACAGCAGGCUGAUCCCCUCACUGGUGUGGCAGCUGCAGAGAGAGCAGGAAAAUAUCCAGGAGCUCCUCCUGGACACGCUGACGGCCUGCCUGCAGGAGGGUGCCGCCGAGGCGCUGGCCAGCCGUGCGGUGCCCUUCCUGAAGGAGAAGCUCCUCAGUGCCAAUGACAACAUCCGCAGCAAAGCUGCCUGCGCACUCACUGCUGUCAGCAUCCCUCUGGAGGGCAAGAAACAGGUGUGGCAAUAUGACGUCAUCCCCAUCCUGGUGCACCUGCUGAAAGACCAGGUGGAGGAAGUGCGAGCCAAUGCUGCGGGGGCCCUCAUGUGCGCCACAGUGACCACGGAAGGGAAGUACGCGGCCCUGGAUUCAGAAGCCAUCCACCCGCUCCUGAACCUGCUGACCUCGCCCUUGAGAAAGGCCCGCCUGAACGCUGUCAAGGCCCUCACCAUGCUGGCGGAGGCGCCCGAGGGCCGCAAGUUCCUGCAGGCCCACGUGCCCAUCUUCCGAGUCCUUGAGGUGGAAAACAGCGAGGCCGUGCAGCGGGCGGCCCAGGUAGCCAUCAAAGUCAUUGAGUGGAAACCCUGA